UCCACGUAUGUAUGUAUGUAUGUUCUAUUAUGGCCAUGCACCCGUAGGGUAUGGGCCGUUACUAUGCGCUAGCUGAAUACAUCCUGCCUCCGUUAAACCCAGAAGCGAGCGGCAGCGGCAGCGCCCACCUGGACUUGAAGGUGCGUCCUACAUGCGUUUUAGUCACGCAACCCAUAUUCGACAAAUUCAUAAACAAUGCGCAUAAACACAUGAUAUUGAACAUAUCGGCGAGAUACAGAAGAUGUGCGCAAAUUGCGCUUCGAGGAUCAGAAAGACCACCGGACUGGUCAGUCGCCUGUCCAGACUACUAAGAGAUUGAAGGCGGGAAAAGGCCCCGAUUGAACGACUAACCACUUGGUUCGGCGUCAAUAAGAUCCUCUGACCACCCACCGGUACCCUAGGUAGUUGAAACUCCUGCAUCGAGG